CUGCGGAAAUAAAUGGUCCUCAGAACUAACCUGCGAGAGUGCCAGCUAGCAUGUUAGCCGCGACUCCGAGUUUAUAGUUAAGGAAGCUACGAAAAAAAUAAAUGCUGUUUUAUUAAGGCAUUUAAAACGUGAGGUAAAAACGUUGGGUAAAAUUAUGAAUUAUGUUCAUUUUCAAACACAGAUAACCACCAUAAUGGAAAUCUUGUCAAAGUCAGCGAUAGCUGAGAUUACCAAAAUUUUUGACGACAGUUCCUCAGUUUUAUGUUUGAAAAUAUCGAGAUGUUUACACGAGAAUGAAGAGUUGAAGAAGAAACUACAGACGUUGCAGCAGGAGCUGAGGACGGCGCGAGGACAGAAAGAGGGAAUAGCAGGGGCGCGUGAGAGUCCUGUCAACACUCGAUCUGUUGGUGUUCAAUUUCUCGUGGAAGAGCCGUACAGAGAGAGAGGCUUUGUGCAGGAUUGGAGCUUCUGUCUGAGGAAAGAUGGAGAACCUGCAAGUGUGGAGCAGUCUGGAGACAUGGAGAAGGUCAGGCCUGAACCAGUUCUUAUCAAGCAGGAGAGACUGGAAGAGGUCUUGUGUUUCAGUGACCCACAGCCCACACCUGGAGCAGAGGAACAGGUAACACAGCCCACACCUGCAACAGAGGAACAGGUAACACAGCCCACACCUGUAGAAGAUGGGAAGAAACUGGACCCAGAGCCCACACCUGCAGGAGACCCAGAGGAGCUGAGUGAGCAGCACAGGUGUGAACACGGUGAUGAGGAGCUCAGUGGACUGGAGUUUGUGGUGAAGGCUGAGCAAGAGGAAGAGCAUGUAGCCCAGAGACUCAAUCAGACAGGAUGUGAACACAGUGCAGGAAGACUCAACAAUCUGGGCUCUGAGUGUGUAAUGUAUGAGAGAGACAGUCAGCUGUGGAGUUCCUUUACACAAGAGGACAGUGACAUAGAGACUGAUGAUCCAGUUUGUUCUAAGGCUACAGAAAAGUUCUCACAGAAUCUGUCUAUUCACACACAGCUACAACAUACUCCUGCCACCAUAGAAGUCUCUGGAAACACACUGUCCUCUUUUGGGCCUUCAUAUGUUGAGGAGUUUGAUAAGAUGAGUGAGAAGCCGUCUGUUUGCAGUGAGGAGCUCAGAUCAGAGGCCAUUCACACACAGCAGGGUCAGUACAGAGAGAGACUUGUGCACACAGUGGAGAGAGAGAAUCAGACAUUACUGCCCCAGCAGCAGCACCAUGGACCCUCAGUAAAACACAUGAGAGGCAGCAAGAGCCCAGCCCAGCCACACUCAGGCUCCCAGUAUGAGACCGGCUCUACUCUGAGUACCAGUGUUUUCAGUGCUGGGAAUAAGGAUGAGACUCAUGGACAAGAUAACUGUGCAAAGAAACCGUUCAUUUGCAUGUAUUGUGGGAAGAGUUUUAAUUGCUGUAGUCAUCUCAUCUCACAUCACCGAAUUCACACGGGGGAGAGACCAUACAGUUGUGCACAGUGCGGGAAGUGUUUCAGUCUCAAAGGUAAUCUUGUACAACAUGAGAGGGUUCAUAGUGGGAAUAAACCAUUUGGUUGUGCUCAGUGUGGGAAGAGAUUUGCUCGCGGAGCAAACCUUAGAGCACACCAGAGGAGUCAUACAGGAGAGAGACCAUAUCACUGCACCCAGUGUGGGAAGAGAUUCACUCGCCAGUGCAAUCUUCUCGUGCACCAGAGGAUUCACACAAGAGUGAAACCAUACAGCUGUAGCUAGUGCCAGACUACUUUUUUUAAAUGCCAUUUUGCUCCCAUUUUCUCCCCAAUUUAGUCGUUAUACCAAUUCCCCAUGUGUAUCACGGUCCUUAUCAAUGCUUCUGUUGGUCUGGGGAGGGUGUGGACUACCACAUACCUCCUCCGAUACAUGUGGAGUUGCCAGCCGCUUCUUUUCACCUACCAGCAAGGAGUUUCACUGGGAGAGCGUGAUGCGUGCGGAGGUUCAUGCUUUCUCCCCCAGGCCAACCAGUAGGAGUCGCUAAUGCAACGAUCAGGACUCUCACCCUCACCGGCUUCCCACCCACGAACACUGCCAACUGUGUUCGUAGGAACGUCUGACCAAGCCGGAAGUACCGCUGCCGGGGAUUGAACUCGGUGGUAGGCGAGUGCUUUUACCUCUACCCAGACUACUUUUUUAAAAUUUAAAGACCCUUCUAACUCAUCAGAUUUCACUGGUGAAAUAAACCGCUUUGAUUGAAGUGGUAUUGAUUAACAAUCUGUGUAUUAGGUCUUUGUGUUAAAGUUUGAGUUAAGGAAAGACAUUUUGCUCACAAAAUUCGACAAAGAUUUGACACGUGACAAUACAACUUGCAUCAGUGCUUCCAUUCGUGUGGGUUUCAUGACAUUAAAAUGUUUUAAAUAAAAGUGAAGCUUUGGCUUUUU